AUGGAGUCAAUAGAAAGUGACGAUACCUUUGGAGGUUUCCAUGUAUGCCCAGAGGGACUGAUACCAUUAAACCUAGAAAACUCUAACAACAACCUGAGACAUGGCGCAAAAUUUUGUAUGAAAGAAAAGAUAAGGAGUACUACCAUAAAGAGACAUCAUUACCCUCUCCCAAUGCAGCGACAGGUAGCAAUGCAUAGUAUCUGGUCAAGGAGAGAAUUCUGGGAUGGUGCCUAUGAGAACAUACAGAAUGACAAUAUUUAUAAUUCUGCAGUAGUAGAACUUUUAGAAGAAAGUGGUAAUCAGUGGCCACCAUGUAAUUACCAACCACAACGGGUCCCAAAUCCACCAAGUGAUAAUGAGGAAUUUGCUCAGGAACCUACUAAUGAGCCUACUUGGGAGCCUACUGAGUCAAUCGGAUCAGUCAAUAGGCCUAUAGAGGUUCAGUCACCACCCGAAAUGGCUGACUCUGGAAAUGAGUUCAAUGGAAAUGCUGGAGUAAUCUUAGCCAUUCAGGAUAUGGCUUCAGCAAUUAGAGAAAAUAGUAACCAAGAUCACCGUCAUGAAACUGAAGUAGAUCGAGUUAUGAGGAUACAAGGACAAUUCUGUAAGACGAAACCAACAAUAUUUAAAGGUGAACCAAAUCCUAUGGCAGCUGAAGAAUGGUUGAGGCAAAUUAAGAGAAAGAUGGAUAAUCAAAGAAUUCCUGAAGACAUUAGAGUUGUUAUUGCUUGUACCUAUCUGGAAGGACAAGCAUACCUUUGGUGGGAGUCAAUUCUGAGUAUGCCAGAUACUGAAAUUACAACUUGGGAGGCAUUCGAAAGUGUUUUCUUGGAAAAAUAUUUUCCAAGUACUAUGAAAGCAAUGAAAGCAAGGGAGUUUGUUAACCUUGUCCAAGACAACUUAAUUGUUGAUCAAUAUCAAUCUAAGUUUGAAGAACUCAUGCGUUUUGCACCAUAUAUGAUCCCUGAUGAUGCAACAAAAGCAAAACGAUUUGAAGAAGGAUUGAGACCAUCAAUUUUGGAAAAGAGCACAUAUAGUAGAGCAAAGAAACGGACAAGAUUUAAUACUCCUCAAUCACAAGAAAAGUUCGGACCACCACUAUGUUAUUACUGCAAACAAGUGGGACAUGUAAAGAGAUUUUGUCCACAACUACAAAGAUAUCAAGGACCUCAAGUACAGCAGACAUUAUAUCGUCCUCCACAAGUACCUUUUCAUGCUCCACCGCCACCUCAAAGUUAUACUACUUUUCAACCUCAGUCUGACUGGGCAAGGCCAGUUACUAGUCAAUCACCACAACAUCCAGGAGGACAAUCUUCCCAAAUUAGACCAAGGGUCCCUGUAGCUGGAAAGAAAUCUGGACCAUUCACACAAGGAAGAGUAUAUGUUAUGGGAAAUGUGACAGAUCAAACUGAGUCUAAGACAAUAGAAGGAAUGAACUGGCUUACACGUUACCAAGUUACAAUUGAUUGUGAAUUGCUCGGCUUACCUCCAGAGCGCGAAGUAGAGUUUGCUAUAGAAAUAUACCCAAGUACAACACCUAUUUCUAUACCUCCUCAUCGCAUGGCCCCAGCUGAACUAAAAGAACUUAAGAUACAACUCCAAGAAUUACAAGCAAAAGGAUAUAUCCGUCCUAGUACUUCACCAUGGGGUGCACUUGCUUUCUUUGUGAAAAAGAAAGAUUUAACUCUUCGAAUGUGUAUCGAUUAUCGUCAAUUAAAUAGGGUCACCAUAAAGAACAAAUAUCCUUUACCUGGAAUUGACGAUUUAUUCGAUCAGUCAAGAGGUAUUUCAGUUGAUUCUUCCAAAGUUGAGGCAGUGUUGAAUUGGAGUCAGCUAAAGAAUAUCUCGGAGAUACGUAGUUUCCUUGGAUUAGCUGGCUAUUAUAGGAGAUUUAUCAAGGAUUUUUCUCGAAUAGCUGCACCAAUGACCAAGCUGACCCAGAAAGGAGUGAAAUUCAUAUGGACUCAAGAAUGUGAAAAGUCAUUCCAAGAAUUGAAAACUCGAUUGACUACCGCACCAAUACUGAUUAUUCCUGAACGGGACAUAGGGUAUGUGGUUUACACUGAUGCAUCUAAACAAGGGUUAGGAUGUGUUUUGAUGCAAUCUGACAGAGUAGUAGCUUAUGCUUCUCGUCAACUGAAAAAUCAUGAAAGAAAUUAUCCAAGACAUGAUUUGGAGUUAGCAGCAAUUGUCCAUACUUUAAAAACUUGGUCACAUUAUCUGUAUGGUGAAAGAUUUGAGUUUUACUUUGAUCAUAAAAGUUUGAAAUAUCUUUUCACUCAGAAAGAGCUUAACCUGAGACAAAGACGUUGGAUGGAAUACUUAGAAGAUUACGAUUUCGGUCUACAUUAUCAUCUUGGAAAGGCUAAUAUAGUGGCAGAUGCUCUAAGUAGGAAUACAAAUGGAUUUGUCGCAGGACUACAAAUUUAUAAAUGGAAGAUGAUGAAUUGUAUUCAAGAUUAUAAUUUACAUGUGAACGUACUUGAGCAUGGUGCUUAUCUUUAUAACCUAGUAACAAGACCAACUUUACUGGGAAAAGUUGUUGAAAAACAACAAGAGGAUAACUCCUGUAAAUCAAUUCAAGAACAUAUUUUGGAUGGAGAUAAAAUAGAAGGUUGGACCUUUCAUGAAGAAGAUGGUUUAAGGUAUUUAGGUAAAUUAUAUGUACCUGAAAUUCCAGAAUUAAAGAAUGAAAUUCUUCAUGAAGCUCAUUACUCAUCCUACAUUAUUCAUCCAGGAAGUACAAAAAUGUAUCAGGAUUUACGUCGUCCGUUUUGGUGGAAUGGUAUGAAGAGAGAUGUAGCCAUUUUUGUAUCAACAUGUUUGACCUGUCAGCAAGUGAAAGCUGAACAUCAGAAACCCGCUGGCCCUCUUCAACCUUUACCUGUUGCACAAUGGAAAUGGGAUCAUAUCACAAUGGAUUUUGUCACAGGUUUACCACGAUCACCAAGAGGUAAAGAUGCAAUAUGGGUUAUUGUAGAUCGUUUAACCAAGUCUGCACAUUUCAUAUCAGUCAAAACGACAUAUUCCACAGAAACUCUUGAGAAAUUAUAUAUUCGAGAGAUAGUGAGAUUACAUGGAAUUCCUAUUUCUAUUGUUUCUGAUAGAGAUUCAAAGUUUACUUCUCAGUUUUGGGGUGCUUUGAAAAAAGCAUUAGGAAGUCAAUUGAAUUUUAGCAGUGCAUUUCAUCCCCAAACUGAUGGACAAUCAGAAAGGACUAUUUAG